AUGGAAAACUCGGAGGAAGACGACGAUCUUCAGCUGGUAAAGGCAUCGGCGACGCUUCUUGCCGAGCUGGAGCGAGACUUGCCGAGGACGCUAUGGAAGCCAACGAAACCAGGACAAGCCAAACGCGUCCACAGUCAGAUUCGGCUACGCGAUCUCGACCAUAUCAUCAGUCUUGUAUGAUCCCGUCAGACCAGUCAAGUCAAUACAUCACGGGACUCCGCUCAUGGCUCGCGCAGAUCGAGCCUUUUCAAGGCGAACCCCAGUUGCUGGAUGCCAAGCUGAAGAUAUUGCUCCCGCCCAUCAUCGACGCCUAUCUCGCAAGUCUCGGCCAACAACAUAGACAGAUAUCCUCCAAAAACACGGACAUCGAGACUGGCGUAUGCUGCAUCUUGUACAACCUUUGCAAAGUACGAGGCGCCAAAGUGAUUGUGGGUUUCCUGAACAACGAGCCUCGAUAUCUGGAGCCUAUCCUCGCAACGCUUGAGCGCACCAUCUUGGCAGCAGAGACAUCGCAGCCAAACUGGCGAGUCCCAUAUCUUCUUCUCCUAUGGCUGUCUCACUUGCUGUUGACGCCCUUUGACCUGUCCUCUAUCUCCAACCGGGCGGUGCCUUUCGACUCACAACAUGCCCACGCUCCAAUCUUGCAGAGCUUGCCACCUCUCACGGCCAGGGUACUCAGGGUCGGGCUUCACUAUCUACCGAGCCCUACCAAGGCUCAGGACGCGGCAGCAGCCAUGUUGGUUCGGCUUGUCAUCAGACCCGAUGUUCAGAAGCUGAAUUUGGCCAAUACCUUGGUCAAGCAGACACUGCCGGUGUUAGCAAGCAAUUCGGAUUUGCAAACGACCUACGAUGUGCUCGGCUCCUUGCGCUUCGUGGCCGGGGUCGCAUCGUCUGCUGAGCUCUGUCAUCUUGUGCCGGAAAUUUACACCUCUUGUCGGAAAGCCUUUGAUGAAGACGACAGCUCUUCGCUGUCCUCGAACGCUGUAACCAAGAAGAUCGUAGUCAAGGUGUUCCGCAAUGUUGCAAUACUCUCGCUACGUUCUGCUGCGACCGAGGGCCCGCUUCUGUCCUUUCUUCAGACUACCGAUGUGCUGGAAAGCGUCAUCGACUAUCUGCUACGAUCGCUUGCAGAUAAAGAUACCCCAGUUCGUUAUGCCGCAGCUAAAGCAAUAAGCUCGAUUGUUCUGGAGCUGGAAUCUGAAAUGAGCCAUCAAGUCAUCCAAGCCAUCCUCGACACGUUCAAAGAGGACAUACCGCGGUUCGCCACGACAGUGGACCUCGCGACAGCCAAUCCCCUGAAAUGGCAUGGAUUGACUUUGGCUCUGGCGCAUUGUCUCUUCAAGCGGUCAGCAUCAGUAUAUCAGUUGCCAGACAUACUCGAUGCGCUCAUCUCCGCUCUCCAAUUUCAGCAACGUACAGCUACUGGCUCUACCCUCGGUACGAAUGUUCGCGACGCCGCCAACUUCGGCAUCUGGUCCCUUGCCCGACGUUAUACGACUGCUGAGCUCUUACCAGUCAAGGCUAACGAUCUACAUGCCAGCGUGCGGAUCAGCGCAAACGUCUCCAUUAUCCAGCAUCUGGCCACGCAACUCAUCCUCACCGCGUGUCUUGAUCCUGCUGGCAACAUCCGUCGUGGCGCUUCUGCAGCAUUACAAGAACUUGUUGGACGUCAUCCGGACCAAGUCCACGCCGGUAUUGCACUGGUGCAAAUUGUUGACUAUCAAGCCGUCAGCCUGCGCAGCAGAGCCAUGAUCGAGGUCGCGAACGACGCGGCGACCCUCGGUUCCGUGUACUCGCAAGCUAUUCUAGAUGGCUUAUUUGAGUGGCGUGGCCUUGGCGCUGCAGAUGUGCUUUCACGUGAAAGCGCAGCUACCUCUGUAUCAAGACUUUCGGCUUCUCAAAGUCAUCUCAGCGGAGAAGCUGUCCUCGAAAAAUUGUCCGCGGCCGUGCAAGCAUGUCCAAUGCACGAAGUCGAGGCUUUUCAUGGGCUCAGUCUCACUGCGGCAUAUCUUCUCCGCGAUACUAGACCGUCAUCUCUGUCUUCAGCAAAAGUACUGCCAUUUCUAGAGAUGUUUAAGACGGUGCAAGCAUCUUUGAAAGAUUUCUCCCCGAGGAUUCUUCGGGCAGAAUUACCCGCAUCGCUGGCUACUUUCCUUGCCGAGCUUUGCCGCAUCUCUGCCAAAGCAGUCCAGAGCAACGCUCUAGGUGACGAUUCCGCCCAAGAUCUUCCACUGGCGGAUUUUGAUGCAAUUACUGAGAGGCUCCUCUGGCGCAAGGAAGAGUCUAUCACGAAGGAAAUUCCAAAUCUUGCAAGAUCGUUGCUCAAUGUAAAACGGCAAACGGCCUCUUCGCUAGGUUGCAUUGGAACUCAGAAUCUAUCAAAUAAAGUAGCCGCCGAUGGUUCAAAGAGCACAUUGCAUGGUGUUGGAAGGGCCAUCGCUCUCGGAGCUUUGAUCUCUUCUUACGAGGAACAAGACCUGAGCAGCGAAGAGGUAAAGGGGCCUAUCUCAAGCUUGACGGGUCUCAUGAAUGCAAUGAAUGUCGAUUGGCGUAUCGUAGGUGCAAAAGCUCUGCAGCUUGUUGUUGAGGGCUCGAGCGCAUCGGAUACUGUCGAUGCUGAAAGUGCGGGAGCCAUCUGUGAAGCAAUCCAUUGCGGAUUGAACGAUUACACUAUCGAUGAACGCGGCGACGUCGGCUCUCUGGUCCGGUUGAAAUCCAUCACAUGUGCCUGGAAGAUCUUCGAGGCACAAUGCUUUCAGCAUCAUGACGCAAAAUUGUCUGAAUUGAAGGCCGACAUCUAUCGGCUGUCAUUGGAGAAGUUGGAUCGUGUACGUCUUCUUGCUGCGCUGUGCCGGCGAGAAUGUCUUGGCCUUGACCACUCGGUUACGGACACCGCUGGCAUAUCGUCAUCGGGAUAUUUCAGAGCUGCCCUACUUCCCUUGACGACAAAUCCUGAGUCUUGGAUCCAAAAGAGCUUGCUAGAGGGCUGCAUCUCUUGCGCUGGUGUAGCCGGCGAAACCGUGCUGCAAGUGUCUCGACAGAUUCUGACCAAUUACCUCAGUCUUGCUUCUCUGGAACACCUUCAUGAUCAAAUGACAAUUUACACGGCCAUUCUCAAUGAGCAACUCACUGCAACACCGAACACGCAGCCGGCGCUCGAGCUCUUAGCUUUCCUCCUCGACAUGCACAUCCUCCAGCGGCUUUCCGGUUCCAACUUCAAAUUCCGCAACCUCCUCUCGGCCGUACAGAAGGCACACCAUAAGUCCAAUGACAUCCCCAAGAUUCUCGCGGCUGUGCAUGUCUACAUCGGUCUGGCGGAUGUGCCGAGUAUCCGGGUCGAAGUCUUGAAGAAGCUGUUUGCUAUGCUCAAGACCAACCCUUAUCCUCGAGUGAGGAUUGCAGUUGCUGAGGCGCUCUGGGCUGUCACCAGGGAGGAGCAGUUGAAAGCAUGUGAUUGGACGAAACCCGCUUCGCAGAAUGUUACCGUCCUGGAUCGUUUGAAAGCAGCGUUUUUCUUGACUUGA